AACAAAAAACAAAAAACCCACAGCGCUUGUCGAGCAGCUGCGCGAGAGGAGGAGAGCUCGCGCGUCACGGAGGAGCGUCGGUAUGUGUGCUCUCGCGCCGUGUUCGGUGAACGGGAUUACGUGUUAAUACUGCACGCGCCGUGACUGAACCGAAGAUGGACGAGUCGUCGCUGUUGGAUUUACUGGAGUGCUCGGUGUGCCUGGAGCGGCUGGACGCGAGCGCCAAGGUGCUGCCGUGCCAACACACGUUCUGCCGCCGCUGCCUCGAGAGCAUCGUGUGCUCGCGCCGCGAACUGCGCUGCCCCGAGUGUCGCGUGCUCGUCGACUGCGGCGUCGACGAUUUACCGGCCAACAUCCUGCUCGUGCGCCUCCUGGACGGCCUGAAGCACCGCGCGCCCGUGCGGCCGUUAGGCACCGCGUCGCCCCCUGGUACCGCGGUCCGGGACUCGCCCAGCGCCACGCGCAGCUCUCCAGUCAAGAACGUUCCUCAGCUGCCCUGUGGCAAGGCGCUCUACAGCUACGAGGGCAAAGAGCCCGGAGACCUGAAGUUCAACAAGGGUGACAUCAUCAUCCUGCGACGGAAAGUAGACGAGAACUGGUUCCACGGAGAGCUGAACGGCAGCCACGGCUUCCUGCCGGCGAGCUACGUGCAGUGCAUCAGGCCGCUGUCGCAGACGCCGCCGCAGGGGAAAGCGCUCUACGACUUCGAGAUGAAGGACAAAGAGCAGGAUAAAGACUGCCUCACCUUCACAAAGGACGAGAUCCUCACGGUGAUUCGCCGAGUGGACGAAAACUGGGCAGAAGGCAUGCUGGGAGAUAAGAUUGGGAUAUUCCCCAUCCUCUACGUGGAGCUGAAUGAAGCUGCCAAGCAGCUGAUGGAGAUGGAUAAACCAGCCCCCGGGCCUAGUGCUGAGUCAGAAACCCCAGCAUCCAGCCACGGUGAUGGCCAUGGCGACGCCCCACGGCAACGGGCAGAAGGAAAGAAGAAUGCGAAGAAGCGUCACUCGUUCACAGCAUUGAGCAUGACACAACGCACAGCACUCGCUAACAACAACCGCCACUCCAUGGAAAUCAACGCGUCUGAUCCGAGAGCGAGGGUCGGGGAGUACGCACAUCUCAGCUCCAGCGCUCCAACCUCACAGGACUCAUCGUUUAACGCUGGAGCAGUGGUGCAGCCUCGAGUGACUCCAACAUCUGGAGAGCUUCUCGCUGCUGUAAAAGUUCAGCUUCCUCUUAACAUCUACUUGGCUUUGUACGCGUAUAAACCUCAAAAAGCAGACGAGCUGGAGCUGAGGAAAGGAGAAAUGUACCGCGUGAUGGAAAAGUGCCAAGACGGCUGGUUCAAGGGAACGUCACUGCGCAGCGGCGCCUCCGGAGUUUUCCCCGGGAAUUACGUCACCCCUGUGUCCAGGGCGCCGUUUGCAGUCGGCCAAUCACGUGCUUGCAUUCCCGGAUCAGUGAUUAAACCGGUUCCUGGUUCUCCUGGAUCGCCCCGCCCCUCCAGCCCAGUCCUGAUUGGCCCUGCUUCUCGUGCUGUCCCUCACAUGACCACAAAUGCCGCGCCUUCGCUGGUGACAAGCCCCGCCCCUUCUCUGGUCACAAGCCCCGCCCCUUCACUGACCUCGAGCCCUGCCUCCUCUCCUCACCUGAAGAACUGCCUGCGACUGUGCAGCCAGCCACAGCUGGGUGUAAGUCCUCACUCCUCCCCCUCUCGAUCCCCCACCCCUCUGUGUACCCGCCCCGCGAUGAUCUCAUCACCUCAGGUUCACCCAGUCAGCUCACUCAACUUGGGUAUCGCACACCUGAAUGGGGCGGAGCCUCUGGAAUGUCCAUCGUCACCCAAGAUGGAGGAGAAGAAAGCCGAGAAGAAAGAAAAAAAGAGCGGCGUUCUCCUCAAGCUGCUGAAGAAGAAAUCUCGCUCGCCGCCUUCCUCUUCCCCGACUCACGACCCUACGUCCUCUUCCACGUCGGCUUCCUCCUCAUCCUCCACCUCCUCCUCCUCUUCCGCAGCCGUUCACGGGGCCACGGCGGCGGAUUUUCAGGUGUUUAGCCGCGCCGGCUCGUGCCCCAUCGAGAGCGACAUGCAGGGAGCCGCCGGCAUCCAACCUCUGAACAGGAAGUGCGGCUCGCUCGACCUCGACCUGGCACCGCGCCAGCCGUUUUUCCCUCCCACAUCCUCUUCCUCGUCCUCCACUUCCUGUUCCGCGAUGCUGGCCAUCCGUCCUGAACCCAAACCUUUAUCACGUGAGAGAUAUCGUGCUGUGGUGCCGUAUCCUCCGCAGAGCGACGCCGAGAUCGAGCUGAAGCAGGGCGACAUCGUAUUCGUUCACAAGAAGCGUGACGACGGCUGGUACAAGGGAACUCUGCAGCGCACCGGACGCACCGGGCUGUUCCCCGGCAGCUUCGUCGAGAGCUUCUGAGGAUCCUGAGACGCUCAGAAAGAAACAACAACAAAAAAACAGCAAGGUUUACAGAGUUUCACGGCUUCUCCUCAGAAACAUUCACACGUGUUCAGAACAGUGAACUAAAAAAUUCAGCGGCUUGAAGAAUGUUUGUGGGAAAAAAGGUUUACAGAGUUUCUGCAUUUAAAAAAAGUGAAACAUCUCAGAAGCAUCUCAAAAUCGUCCACCGAGUCUCCGCUAACUCAAGGAAGGUUUCUUUUCUGUUCGAACUGUUACCUCAGAGUCGUUCUCCACUGCACAGUUACCCAACGAGCACAAAAUGGACUUCACACACGCACACACACACACACACACACACACACACACACACACACACCUCACAACAAUGACUUUCACACAAGGAACUCGAGGAAUGUUUGUUAAAAAAAAGGUUGAGUUUGAGUCCAAAAGCUGGCCUUCGCUUCACCUCCCGCUGCUUAGCUAGGUUUACACACACACACACACACGUAUACACACACACACACAAACACAAACACAAAGACAGCUCAAUAUUAUCCGUAUCGUGAUGUUUACAUGGCCAUCGCACUGAUAUACUGAUAUUUUUGAAAAUAUUUUAGAUCAGUUUCAUCAAAAUAUAUCCGCACAAACAAUUAAACAAUGCUGACAGCAGGUGGCGACAGUGUGCCAAAGCAUGCUGGAAUAAAGUAAAUAAAGAGCUGCGUAUUGAGCAAGAAAAGAACAUACAGUUUUAACCAUGACUUUUUUUUUAAAUGACAUCCAAUCAGCUGCUUCUGUUCAGUUCCAGUUAGUUUGUAGACUCCGCCCCGAGCCUGUCGUAUUCAGGUGGAAUAAUAAAACAAAGCGAAAUUUAACGGUUUUAAUCUCAAAUAAGAAAUUACAGAGCGUAAAGUAACGACCUGGUGAUAGACGUGAUAGACAGAGUGGGCGUGGCCAUGGUCCUGGAUAACGCGCGUGAGUAAAGCCCGGGUGAAUAUUAGCGCACUGUUCUGAUGAAAUCUGGAGGUUCCUCAGCGCGGCUGAAAAGCAGAACAUGUAGAGAUGGGUAGAUGUUUGAGAUGUUUUCAGAAGGUGGGGAGAUUGUGUGUGCGUUUAAACGCAGCUGAUUACCUGUCGAGCUGAAAAAUUAAACCCAGCAGCUUCAUCGUGAGCUUUGAAAUGUUCUGAACGUUAGAGUUCACAGAGUUUUAUUGUUUUAUUGUUUACACUCCGUCACUCUGACCGUCCAAUCAGCUCGUUUCAGCCCAAGCACCUAAACAGGAAAAGGAAAUGACCUGAGUGAAUCAGUUCUGCCCAGAGGAUCACACAGAACCAACAUUUCAAUGGAGUCUUGUCCUGAAGUGGUGAAUUUUUAUAAAAAUUUUUUUUGCUGUUUUUCAAAAAAAUAAUUAAGGCUGAAACGUACAUUUUGAAGUAAGGGAGGUUUAUAAAUUCUAGUGCGAGCACAAAGCGGUUAAAAUGACCAGCGAGUGAGAUCUGUGGUGUCUCGAACUUCCUUCGUAAAGAUGUUUCACGUGUCACUGUUGAAGGAUUACCGCGAGAUCUCGAGACGGUUAAUACAGAACAAAACCCAAACUUCCUUUCCUUUUAUUCCUUCCCCUCCUUUCAUCUCCUCCAGUCACUGACAGGAAUAAUAAAGCCAGUGUUCUAUUGCUGAACCUUUGAUCAUUUCUACAGUGAGGGUAAAUCAGGAGCUAGUGAAACGACUGGACGUAGAAGGAGGUGAUGAAAAUAAAGAGCGAUAGUACAUGACCGAAAAGAACAGGAGUAAAUAAUGAACAUCAUUUGAUUCGCUGUUUAUUGUUUAUUUAUGUUAUUCACUCGCGCUUUAAUCCGCGUCUGCGUUCAUUUACAUAAUCGACUCGUUAAUGACGUAUUGUUAGAAAAAUCCCUCAGAAACGUCAGGAAUAAAAACUUCACCUAGACGUGAUGCGUGCACGCCUGCGAUCAUACGACCAGCCUGACGUGACAGAUGCUUUCUCAUUCUUUGGGGGUAAAAUCUUAAUCCUACUUGUAGAUUAGAUUCAUGAUUAGAUCUUAAUUUCUAUGGAAGUUAUCUUGGAUGAAAAAUUUGGCAGAAGUAAAAAAAAUCUGUAAUAAUCUGGGCUUUUUAGCUUCUCGCCCCGAAUUCUCAAACACCGACGUCACGGCUGAAAGAGCGAAUCCGAGCAAAACAUCCUAACUGAGAAAUAAGGCCUGAAAAGGGAACAGAUUUCCGCGAGUCCUCAUUUUUGUUGGUGUUUCACAUUUUGCUGAAUGAUUAUCUUCUAAACAAACUCAACGGAACGUGGAUCGGCAUUGAAUAAUGUCUCCUAGCUUCAUUACCUCAGAAUAACAGUUUAUGGCACAAAGUGACGGUUAAAGCACAGCAAGCUCGCUCUCUCUCACACACACACACACACAUGCGCGCACACACACCGUACGCAUACAUACACACACACAGACACACACACACAGACACACACACACAAAGAGCACAAAGAGAUGUUGGGUUUGAUCUGAAAUCCCGUACUAAUGUGAAGUGAAACUGCUCACCUCCGAAUCUCCCCCCUACAUCCCUACAUCCGCUACCGGGAGGGUGUGUGUUCUCUGCCCUCUUCCUCAUACAGGAUCUCAUACAUGCCCGUGAUUGGCCGGUGUUGCUGUGAUUGACAGGACAGAAAGCAUGCCCCUCCCACACAGACAGCACGGCCAGUUUUGCUCCCUGUCUCCCGCAGACUGUCGAUGUGACUGUCAGGAUGUGAACUCACGCCACUGGAGAGAUGAUAAUAUUCAGUAACGAAAACACCUUGCACCAGGGGUCUGAAACAUACAGACUGUGAUAACACACCUGAUCCGACCCCGCCCAGUGCAACUCAAAUUACAUUCAAAUCGUCGUGUGAAGAAAAGAAAUUCUUGGUUUGUCCACUAGGGGGUGAGUGACUCCGCCUCUGAUCAAAUGUGUUAAUGAUGUGAUCCUAAAAAGUUUAUGAUCUUUUAGGGGGUCCACAGGAACGGGGGAUGAAUACUUAUCGGUCAUUAACCUGUUUUUUUUUUUGCUCCGGCCCACUUAUAGCCUAAAGUGGCCCGUUACCUAAAAUGAGUUUCACGCCCCCGCUUUACAAAUUUAAUUAAAUAUACCUCUUGUGACCUUCGGUUACGUCAAUCUGGGGAAAAGACUCUGAAUAAGGCACUAUGAACAGAUUAUAUAUAUAACAGACUGGAUUUCUGGAAUAAUAAACAUGGUCCAUACGGGAAGGAAACGUUUCACACACACAUGCACACACACACACACACACACACACACAGUCUACAGAUAAUAAAUCAGCCGCCUCCUGAGGGUCUCGUUUUCUCUGAAACUGUGAGCGUGGAGAUUUUUCAUGGAACAAUGUGAACUAAUCCUCGUGGUCAUGAUGAGACUGGCAUCGGGAUGUACACUGGAUUCGUGGAUUUAGCACAAACUCAGCGUCAAUUAAAAGAAUUUAGCACAAAUUUGAUCAACUUGCCACACGUUCACCAGCGAGGGGGUGGAGUUAGGAGCAUUUUACAGUCAGAUAUGUGGUACAGAUUGCUCAGAGUCUAGAGGAAUAUUCACACGGAUUUAGCAGCUAUUGGAAUUUACUACGAACUUUAACAGACUCGAUCAACUUUCCAUAAUAUUGAGCACCGCGUCGAGAAAUUAGCACCAAUCUACCAGCAACUGAAAGAAUUUAGCACAAAAAAUUACUUUAAAUAAAUAAUUCAUUAAUUAAAUAAAUAAAGCCUGGAUUGGGUCAUGACUCAGCUACACACAAAUACAAAUAAACAAACCCACCAUUUCUGCCUUUUCCUGAUAGAAUACACCGUAUAAACAAACCCCGAUGCCUAGUGUGCUGUCCACAUCGCCACACAUUAAAGACAGCAUCGUGUGCUGCUUGUAUUUAUUUAUCUUUUAUAUAUAUAUAUAUGUUUGUUUCAACAUACCAAUAUUUCUUAUUUUAAUUCAUGUAAGUUGUUUUUUAUUUUUCUGUACAAAUGUUGUUUAGGGGAUUUUUUCUCCCUUUAUUUAUGUUGAUUGUCAUUGUUUUGGAUUCGCCCCACAGGAAUUUGUACAUUAGCAUGCUAACUAGCGCCGUCGCAAUCAUGUUGUCGUCAUAUUAGCUUGAUUAGCUAACAUUAGCUAAUCGGUUUUGCCACCUAUACAAGCUAACUGUUCUUUGGUGCUUGUCUGUUGCUAGCUAGCUACUCGGCUAGUCAUUUUUACAAACAUAGGAAAAAACUGCAUAAAAAAACUAAUUAUAAAACAAAAUCCAAGAAGAGAAUUCACUGUUCUACAACAAGCCAUUUGUGAAGGUUUAAAUGUUUAAGGCGCUAACACUGCGGUUAGCGAAUCCGUUGUCUUAGCUUUACGGAGUAAUUUUUUUUCUUUCACUUUCUUUCCUCCAAAACAAAGAUUUAUAAAUGUGGAAGAAAUAUGAAACAUGGCUUAUUUUAGCUAGCUAGCUAAUUUCUUACAACCUUACUGAUUAGCAUAGUUAGCUAGCAAUAGUAGCUAACCAUUUAUUUUCCAUUGGUGCUUGUUUGUAGCUAGCUAGCAACAAAACAGGAGUUUUUAUUUUUUUCAUCCAGAAGACAUACAAAUGUUUACCAAAGCGGUAUGGGAAUAAACAUUGAUUCAGCGUAACCAUGGUAACAGCUAGUGAAAUGCAGUGCUUCAGUGAACGCUUAUAAGGUUGGCUCUCUGGUUAAACCGCUGUCUAUCUAGGCAGGAAGGGACUCACUAGGUAUUGAGACAAAGCCUCUUUUUGUUGUUUUGUAUUUAAUUUUUUUAUGAAUCUUGCAAUGAAAAGACGAAGUUGCUUUCGAUCUGUUUUUGUCCUGUUUUCUCUCUCAUUUGUGAAUUUAGUGCCAAUGUUCUCACAAGCACAAGUGCAUCUCCAUGUUGGAGAUCCGGGUUCCAUGCCUGAUUUUAAAGAGAAACAUGACUGUGUUGAGAAGGAGAAAAAAGAAGAAAAAAAAAAGAAAUAUAAAUAUGAAAAAAUAUAUAUUGUGAAAACAUAUUUAUAGGCCAUUGGUGCUACAGUCGAGAUACUGAGGAAAACUGCCUCGUGAACUUCUGACAGUGUGUUCAUUUACACAUCGUCUUGUACUGACUACUUGUGACUUUUUUCCAUGUAAAAAGUGCAUUUUAGCAAUAAAUGCCAUUGUUU